GCCUGGCUGGAGCGGGAUGGGGGAGGUGGUCUUCCUUCUGAGCGCACACACGUCGCCUUGAAUCAUCUGUAUCUUGUGUGUUUUUCUGCCUAUAACCGUAUCCAUUCCCGCAUCUCUUCCCGUUGGGACACAGCGUGCCUGGAGACGGCACCUCGCUGUUAUUCGUAUUGUGUUUAUCCAGCUGGUGUGGCGUGGACAUGAACGCUCGUGCGGCGCCGCUCCACCCUAAUCAAUGUGCAAUCGACUACGGGAAGCAGGAUUUAACCCAAAGCAGCUCUUAUCGCUGAAGAACUGGAGCUUAGAUGGGACAAAUGUUCUGAAGAACUGCUUUUGCAUGAACUUGUCAAUGAAUAUGUGUGUGUGCGUGCGUGCACACGCGUGCAUGGUGCCGUGUUUUGCUAAGGAUGGAGACCCUGUUAAAUGAGUGGCUGUGGCAGGAGGAGUUCUGGCUUCCUCCUGGUAUACGCUGGCGGGACAUUGAGAUGAAGGAAGAUGAAGGCCACUUUCCUUUACCCAGGGAUCUCAUCUACACCCUCCCACUGGCCUUUGUCUUUAUAGCCCUCAGAUAUGUAUUUGAGAGGCUCAUCGCCGUCCCGUUCAGCAAAUAUUUAGGGGUGAAGGAUCGGAUUCGGAUUCGAGCCCCAUCAAUCCCGAAGCUGGAAGUUUUCUACAAACAAAACAGUCGGCAACCAUCACAAAGUGAAGUGGUGAGCUUGGGGAAGCAGUGUGGACUCUCGCAAAGAAAGAUCCAGACUUGGUUCAGACACAGAAGAAACCAGGACCGACCCAGCAACACAAAAAAGUUCUGUGAGGCAUCCUGGCGGUUUGUUUUCUACCUGAUAGCGUUCACAGGUGGGCUCGGCUCACUCAUUAAUAUGCCGUGGUUCUGGGAUCACAGAGAGUGCUGGAGGGGUUAUCCAAAACAGCCUGUUGCUGACAUUCACUACUGGUAUUACAUACUGGAGAUGAGUUUCUAUUUGUCCCUGUUGCUGUGUGUCUCUGUGGAUGUCAAGCGGAAAGAUUUCAAGGAGCAGGUCAUUCAUCAUAUUGCCACCAUAUUUCUCAUCGGUUUCUCCUAUUGUGCCAACUAUGUGAGAGUUGGUACGCUGGUGAUGCUGGUCCAUGAUUCUUCCGACUUCCUCCUCGAGUCUGCCAAGAUGUUUCAUUAUGCAGUGUGGACGAAGACAUGUGACUCGCUGUUUGUCGUUUUUGCCUUGGUUUUCCUGGUCACAAGACUGGUGGUGUUUCCUGGCAGAGUGGUUCACACAACCCUGGUGGUGUCUCUAGAGUUCUUCCAGCCUUUCUUUGGUUAUUACUUCUUCAAUGCUUUGCUGUUAGUGCUACAAGCACUUCACAUAUUCUGGGCCUACCUCAUCCUGCGCAUGGUAUACAAGUUUGCCUUCAUGGGCAAAGUUGAGCGUGAUGAACGCAGCGAUGAAGAGAGUGAAGAGGAUGACAAUGAUGAAGAGGACGGGCCUGAGGAAGAAGGGGGUGAGUGUAGCUGGGAGCAAAGAAAGGGGACAAUCAACUCCAAACUGGCAUCGUUGGCUAACAACUGUGUCCUCAACAAUCUGACCAACCAGAGGAAUAUAAACAGCAGAAUGCCUAAAGCCAGAUAGUGGAACAGCUCCCCUCACAGCCACCAAGUCUCACUGGAAAAAUAGCAGCUUCCUGGAAAACAAACUCAUUUCUGCCAUGAUUCAUGCACACAUACAGGUUUUGUGCAUCCAACAAGGUUCAUUGAUAAUUUCAGGUCAUUAUAGGUUUUCAUCCUGCUUUACUGCAAAAUUAGGGCAUACAAGCACAGAUGAUUGUAGAGUUUAACAGCCAGUGUGCAGUUAGGAGGAAACGCCGUCAUACCACUUGUAAAAAUUAAAAGUAAAUUUGGGUAAACAAGGAGACAAUGUCUUUAAUGUCUAAUUGUAAUUUGUGCAGAUUUUGUAUUUAUGCUUCUUCUUUUCAUUGUAUUAUAGUGUUUUUGUAUAUGAGGAAAGUAAUUGCUUAAUCUUUUUUUUUUUAUUAAAAUGUUUUUUAUAAACACAUUUAAACAGAACAAACUUGAGGCUAGAAUUUAUUACUCUUUUACCCCCAAACUUCUAGUUUAGUGUAGAAAGAUUAUUUAAAACAUUGAUUGUGAUAAUUUGUUUUUAAACCACCUGUAAGAUGAUUCUUUUUUUAAUGUGGCAAAGUUCAAAAUGGUACUGCAGAAGCUUCGUAGCAAUCAUAAAGUUAUAUUUUUUAGUGAGAAGACUUGAUUUAGACCUGCAUCAUUGGGUUGCUCUCUAUGAUAAAUAUGGCGCCCUCUGGUGUACCAAGAAUAGCAUAUCCUUUAUUUGUUGACACCAUAUCUGACAGGAGAAGGUCGUCAAUCCAAAACUGUACUGCUCCUAGAAGUAGACUUGAACCGUCUUUUUCCUACUUGUUACAUCAUUGUCAUAGAUGGCAUAACUUUCACAAGUAGGUUUUUGGUAAAGUUUGCUUCUUUUUUUUUUUUUGCUUUAGGCUGCUGUUUUUACUUUAUUCUGUCUAAAACACUGAGUAUAAAUUCUGUGAUACUUUAGUUACUUUUACUUGACAAACACAUGGGAAAAGCUGCAACAUGACUUGUGCUGGUUGCCACAGUGUCCUGGAUAAGCCAUGUGGCCUGUGCACACAAAUAGGUAUUUGUAAGGUAGUUUAGAUAAUGGACCUAACUACAAUAAAAUGUUUUGUGAUACAAGUGCAAAAAUAACUCUUACUAAAAUUAAAACAGAGAAUGAUUUUUUUUUUCUUUUUAAAUCCACUGACAUAUUUUGAUAUAACUGGACCGACUCUGUGUGAUUUUUUGACAACACAUAGUAUGUAGAGUAUCUUUCCUAUAUCCUGGAGCAGAGUGGAAAACAUAGAUUAUGGCCUGUACUACUGCAGAAAACAGAAAUACUGUUCAGAAUAUCAUUAUAUCAUUCAUUAAGCAUGACAUUCUACAGGUUACUAAUGGGAGCUCUUUAAAGUGACUGUGUAUUCAUACAACAUCUAUUCAUGUUUUACUUGGAGAUAUAUGUUACAUGACUAGAUAUACUGAAUAUAUGAGGAUUUAAAUAGCAAAGGGCUGAUCCAAUGAUUGACAGACUAAGAGACCCACUAUUGUUCAUAUUUUUUGCAACAGAUGUAAACGCAGGAGAAAUGUUCUGUGCAGGCUUUAAUUGACUGUUCUACAAUGAGUGCACAUGGGUGUGUUGUAUAUUGUGUGGUCUGUUGAAAACUUUUAAUAAACAUCUCAUAUUUAAUAAACA